UCGAAAGACAAUCGGCCCACAAUAGGAAUUCAUCGAUUAUCAUCUCUCAGAAACAAAGACCAAAACCCUAAAAAAACCCCUCCAAGUAAACCACCGAAAAACACAAGAGAGACGAGAAGAUCUAAGGUAGAACUUCAAUGGCGGCGAAGAAGCAAGAUAGCAACAGCAAACCAAAGAAGAGAAAUCGAAACCCAGAUGCCAAUACUAAUCCAGAUAGCUCAUCUUUUAAAAAACCGAAGCUUGUUAGCUCAAAACCUGAAAACAAGCCAGUGGAGAAGGUUUUCAAGCCAUUUAAGAAGACGUUUGGGAAAGUGAAAUCGCAAUCUGGUGAAGAGAAGAAGACCCCUUUAUCAAAAAGAGAGCGUAGGAUACAUGCAAAGGAAUUGACAGAGGCAAGGAAAAAGAGAAGGAAGCAAUAUUACACUCUUGAACAAGAGCUUGCACGUCUUUGGGAAAAGAUGAGGCAGCGUAAUAUUGCCAAAGAAGAGAGAUCAAAGAUAAUUACUGAAGCUAUACAAAAGAUGAAGGGUAAGAUUCCUGAAAUUGCAAGCUCCCAUGUUUCGUCCCGUGUUUUGCAGACUUGCGUGAAGUAUUGUUCACAAACUGAAAGGGAUGCUGUAUUUGACGAGCUUAAGCCACAUUUUCUUACCUUUGCGAGCAACAAGUAUGCAAUUCAUCUUGUGACGAAAAUGUUAGAUAAUGCUUCUAAAAAACAGUUAGCAGAGUUCAUCAGCCCCCUCCGUGGGCAUGUUGCUUCCCUUCUUCGACACGCAGUUGGAUCUGUUGUUAUUGAGCAUGCAUACCAGCUGGGAAAUGCAACUCAAAAACAAGAGCUUCUGAUGGAGUUAUAUUCCACUGAGCUUCAAUUGUUCAAGGACCUUGCAUCAAUGAAAGAGAGCAGGUUAGUGGAUGUCAUCUCGAAGCUGAACCUACAGAAAGGUUCAGUCUCACGACACAUGGCUUCUGUCAUUCAACCAAUUUUGGAGAAAGGAAUUGUUGAUCACACCAUUAUACACAAGGUGCUGAUAGAGUACCUCAGCAUAGCUGACAAGACCUCUGCAGCAGAAAUAAUUCAACAAUUGUCGGGUCCACUUCUUGUUCGAAUGAUCCAUACAAGGGAUGGAUCUCGGAUUGGGAUUCUGUGUGUCAAACAUGGGAGCGCCAAGGAGCGAAAGAAGAUUGUCAAAGGACUGAAAGGCACAGUAGGCAAAACAGCUCAUUUUCAAUAUGGAAGUUUGGUGCUCGCCUGCAUUGUUUCAACUGUUGAUGACACAAAGCUUGUAGCAAAGACUGUCAUUCGCGAGCUGCAGACAAUUUUAAAGGAGCUUGUUUUGGAUAAGAAUGGAAGACGCCCUUUGUUGCAGCUGCUUAAUCCAAAUUGUACGCGGUAUUUUAGUCCUGAUGAAAUGGCUUCUCUUAGCUUAUCUAUUUCCUCUCUCAAUGCCAUGCAGGGUGACUUAGAAGUGAAUCGUGAAACAAAGUCUUUAAAGGAUGAGGAAUCUAGUGACAAGGACAAUAGUGGGAGAGACGUUACAAUGGUUGAGGCUGAUGGAAGUGCAAGUUCUGAAACUCUUCAACUUGUUGAGGGUGGCAAAAAAGAUCCUUCUAUUAGAAGGCAGGAGUUGUUGGUGGGCAGUGGCCUUGCCAAGAACCUCAUUGACAUGUGUACCGAGAAUGCAGAAGAGUUGCUUAGAUCAAAUUUUGGCAAAGAAGUCUUAUAUGAGGCUGCAACUGGGGGUUCUGGUGGCAUUCUCCAACAAACUUUGGGUGAUGAGUUGAAUGCCUUGCAUGAAGCUAUAGCAUCUGUUGCUGCAGAGUCUAAAUCUGAAGGAUCAGAAAAGGAGCAUGUCCUUGAAAAUUUCCACUCGAGUCGUACAAUUAGGAAAUUAGUUUUGGACAACCCCGCCUUUGCCGCCACUCUAUGGAAGAAAGCUUUGAGUGGAAAAUGUGAGCAGUGGGCACAAGGUCACAGUUCCAAGGUAAUAUGUGCAUUCUUGGAAUCAUCAGAUGCCAUGGUCAGCAAACUGGCCAAGGAAGAGUUGCAGCCCUUGAUAAACCGGGGUAUUCUUAAAUUACCUGAAAAGAAGCAACCAGCCAAUGAAGGUUAAGUUUGCAGUUGGUGGUGGAUAGAAUGACUCUCAUCUCAAAGUACAAGCACAGUAGAUCCGGGACCACUGACUGGGCUGAAUUCAACCACAACAAGAUAAGCAUCGAGUGAAGCCAGAUCUGACAAGGUGUUAUACUAUCUAGUGUAACCUUUCUUUCACUUUGAUAACUCGUAUUAUAGUGCGCACGCCUUCUGUACAUUAUAGUUUCUCUUUGCUGCGGAUCUUCGGCACACUGCAGAAUUAUAUUUUUGUAACCCCUUUAAAGCUUGAAAAUUUUGUUAUGUUACGACUUACAAAGUUAUGUAGGCAUUUGAUCAAUAUGUGACUUUUGAGACAGGCAACAAUCUAUAGCCAGCCCCCGCGAUAAGAGUAUAUUAUGCAAGUGUACUGGGAUGCUUUGUUACU